GACGUCAAGGUCAAGGCGUGGUUUCCGUCUCGCGUGGUUCGGGUGCUUGCGGUGUUGUCACGUUGUCAGUGUUGUCACUUCAUAUAAUUUAUACCAAAAAAAAAAAAAUGAAAAAGCAGAAAAUAAAGUAAAACAUUGAAGAUUGAAAAAAAUAUUCUUUUUGAAGAAGACAAGGUAGUGCCAUGGCACCGUGGCACUACCUCACGAGCCGCCACUGCUCAGCGUAUUUAUUGUGAGAAUCAAAGUUACAAAUUAUUACAAGUCGUGUAUCAGUUUUUCAACAUAAGCGUUUCUGAGGCUGAUCAUUACGCGCAAAAAAAAUUACGACAUUAUGCAAGGGUAUCCCAGUAA